GCGCCCGCGGGAGCGGGGAUGGGUUUGGGCACCCGGGACACGGCGAGGGGACCGGGCUGAGUGAGCAGCGUCUCUGCAGACACCACAUGAUCAGCUUUGUGGAUCCCCUCGUCUCCAACUACUCCGUGGUGGAUUUCAGGGACAAAGCUGUGCCUCUGAUUGAAGAUAUCUUUGCCCGGGACAAGAUCCCCAUUGUUGUGGGAGGAACCAACUACUACAUCGAAUCCCUGCUCUGGAAGGUCCUUAUCAACACCAAGGAGAAGCCCAGCAGUGCUCCCAGGCCAGACAGUGACAGGAAAGGGGAGCUGGAGCAGCUGGACUGUGCUGAGCUCCAUCGGCGCCUGAGCCAGGUGGACCCGGAGAUGGCGGCCAAGCUGCACCCCCACGACAAGCGCAAGGUGGCCAGGAGCCUCCAAGUGUUUGAAGAGACAGGCAUCCCCCACAGUGAAAUCUUGCACCAGCAGCAGGAGGAGGAAGGUGGGGGGCCCUUAGGUGGGCCCCUGAAAUACCCACAUUCCUGCAUCCUGUGGCUCCAUGCAGACCAGGCAGCUCUGGAUGCACGUCUGGAGAAGAGGGUGGAUGACAUGGUGGCUGCGGGGCUGCUGGAGGAGCUGCGCGACUUCCACCGCCGCUACAACCAGGAGAAGGUGGCGGAGAACCGGCAGGAUUACCAGCACGGCAUCUUCCAGUCCAUUGGCUUCAAGGAAUUCCACGAGUACCUCGUCAGUGAAGGGAAUUGCUCACCGGAGACCAGUGCCCUGCUGCUGGAAAAAGGGAUCCAGGCCCUCAAGCAGGUGACCAAGAGAUACGCCCGGAGGCAGAACAAAUGGGUGCGGAACCGCUUCCUGAAACGUCCUGGGCCCAACGUGCCCCCAGUUUAUGGCUUGGAGGUGUCUGAUCUCCAGCGGUGGGAGGAGGAUGUGCUGAAACCUGCCCUGGAGAUCGUGGAGAGCUUCAUCCAGGGCCGCGAGCCCCCAGCAGAGCCGCUGAGGAUGGAGCACGACGAGCAGGAGAACAAGCGGAGCCAUCGCGUGUGCCAGCCCUGUGCCAGACUCAUCAUCGGGGACAGGGAAUGGGCAGCUCACACACGCUCCAAAUCCCACCUGCACCACCUGAAGAAGAGGAGGAAGCUGGAGGAGUCCAGCCGUGCCGGAGGGACCGUGGGGCACAGUGGGGACGCAGAGACCUCGGACGAGGAUGGCAGCCUGCCUUUGCCUUAAGCCUGGACGAGGGAGCAGCUGUGCAUCCACCUGCACGGAGAGGAAGCUCCUUAGUCCUGGGCAGCCUUGAACAGAGGAGCUGAGUCAUUUUUUUUUGGGGUGAAGCAGGUGUGUGACGGCAAAGGCCGCCGGCUGCAUCGGAUCCUCUUCAUGUGGCCUCGCCCCGCUGCGUUCCCAUGCUCCCCCAGCCCUGCCUGGAACGGGCUGGGCCCGGGGCAAGGCUGCUGGGAGCUUCUCCCAUGCAAAGUGUGAAUUCCUGCCAGAGCUGCAUCCUUGGAAUGGCUGAGCUGCUGGUAUGUGGUUGUGUAGAUCUCAGAGACAGAAAUACCCCGACUCCUCCAGCCUGGCCGGGAGCGAAGCUCCGGAGCCGAGCGAGCUCUGCCUGCCUUUAUUGUGGAGAGGAUAUUUUAUUUUUUCUGUUCUUUUACAUGCAAAUAAAGUUGCAGGAUUAUUGUGGGUUCCCCUCCCUGUUAACAA